CGGAGCGGCCGCGAUGAGGCUGCUGCUGCUGGCGUGCCUGCGGGCACAGACCGGCAACGCCACCACGGCCGCCAGGAUCCGGAAUCAUCUAGAGGCUGCAGGUCACAUCUGUGUUCUUAAAGAUGCUUUCAUGUAUGGAAGUGCAGCUGAAAUAGCAAACCUGACCUCCUCAGACAAGUUUGAUGCAGCCCUGGCCAUUCACCUCUAUAAAGGAGGCAGACUGCUGCAAGGGAGCAGAAUUCCCUUUGGGAUCAUCUUUGGAGGGACAGAUGUCAAUGAAGACAUGAAAUGCAAAGAGAAACGCCAGGUGAUGGGAGCAGUGCUGGAGAGAGCCAGGUUUGCAGUGGCUUUCACGGUGGAAAUGAAGGAGCUGGCAGCAGCAGAGUGGCCAGAUGCUCGGAAGAAAAUUUAUGUCCAAAGCCAAGGAAUCAAGGCUACACCCAGUGAAACAUUUGACUGGUACCAAUUUCUACAAAAUGCAGGCAUCCCUGCAGACUCAGGCCCUGUGCAUCUGUUCCUCCUGGUGUGUGGGCUGCGCAGAGUGAAGGACCCUCUGUACCUGGUGGAAGCUUUCUCAGAGUGGCACAGAAAGGAUCCCAGUGUCUAUCUGGGCAUUAUUGGACCUGCAGUUGAUCCACUGUUUAGCAGUGAAGUUGAGGAGAGAGUUAAAAGGGCCCCCGGGACGCGCGUGCUGCGGGAGCUGCCCCAGCCCGAGCUGCACGCUGCCCUGCGCUGCUGCCUGGCCCUGGUGAACAGCUCCAGCUCCGAGGGCAUGUCUGCUGCCAUCCUGGAGGCAAUGGAUUUAGAAGUUCCCGUGCUGGCCAGGAACAUUCCCGGGAAUGCAGCAAUAAUAAAGCACAAGGAAACGGGGCUGCUGUUUUCCACUCCCCAGGAGUUUGUUGCACUGUCCAAGAGUUUAAUGAAUGACCCCACUCUGGAAAAGGAAAUUGUGACCAGGGCCAAAGAGUACGUGGAGCAGCAUCACUCCUGGGAAGGGGAGAGGAAAACCUACCAGAGCCUGGUGCAGAGACUGCAGUGAGCGGGCAGGGCCAGCAGAGCCCUUCAGGGAUGGCAGCGUGCUUGGGUUGGGGUUCCUUGGGUUCCUUCUGAAAAACAGCCAGACAUUGUUCAAUAGAGCAACAGCCCGGAGCAGAGCUGCUGCAGGGCCAGGCUGAGCCAGGGCAGCCCUGGGCAGUGCCAGGGCAUUGCUGCUCUGAGCCAGGGCAGUGCCAGGGCAUUGCUGCUGUGAACCAUCCCAGGGCAGUGCCAGGGCAUUGCUGCUCUGAGCCAGGGCAGUGCCAGGGCAUUGCUGCUGUGAGCCCACCCAGGGCAGUGCCAGGGCAUUGCUGCUCUGAGCCCUCCCUGGGCAGUGCCAGGGCAUUGCUGCUGUGAGCCCUCCCUGGGCACUGCCAGGGCAUUGCUGUUCUGAACCAUCCCUGGGCAGUGCCAGGGCAUUGCUGCUCUGAGCCCUCCCUGGGCACUGCCAGGGCAUUGCUGCUCUGAGCCCUUCCAGGGCAGUGCCAGGGCAUUGCUGCUCUGAGCCAGGGCAGUGCCAGGGCAUUGCUGCUGUGAGCCCACCCAGGGCAGUGCCAGGGCAUUGCUGCUCUGAGCCAGGGCAGUGCCAGGGCAUUGCUGCUGUGAGCCCACCCAGGGCAGUGCCAGGGCAUUGCUGUUCUGAACCAUCCCAGGGCAGUGCCAGGGCAUUGCUGCUCUGAGCCCUCCCUGGGCACUGCCAGGGCAUUGCUGCUGUGAGCCCACCCAGGGCAGUGCCAGGGCAUUGCUGCUCUGAGCCAGGGCAGUGCCAGGGCAUUGCUGCUGUGAGCCCACCCAGGGCAGUGCCAGGGCAUUGCUGCUCUGAGCCCACCCAGGGCAGUGCCAGGGCAUUGCUGCUCUGAGCCAGGGCAGUGCCAGGGCAUUGCUGCUCUGAACCCUCCCAGGGCAGUGCCAGGGCAUUGCUGCUCUGAGCCCUUCCAGGGCAGUGCCAGGGCAUUGCUUUUCUGAGCCCACCCAGGGCAGUGCCAGGGCAUUGCUGCUCUGAGCCCUCCCUGGGCACUGCCAGGGCAUUGCUGCUCUGAGCCAGGGCAGUGCCAGGGCAUUGCUGCUCUGAGCCCAGGGCACUCCUGGCACACAGAGGCACAGGGGAUGCUCUGCCCAGGCUCCCUCCCACCCUGCAGCGCUGCCAGCCCCUGCCCACAGCCAGGGGCACUCACACACCUGCUGAGGCCCAGGUGCACGAGCAGAGGAUGAACUGUGGACAGCACAGGGGGCUCCUGCAGCCCCCCAGAGCAGCCCAGGAUCACACCAGCCUGGGCACAGCUGCUGUGGGCACAGGAAUGGGCACAGGGGGCUCCUGCAGCCCCCCAGAGCAGCCCAGGAUCACACCAGCCUGGGCACAGGGAGGGGCACAAGGACGGGCACAGGGGGCUCCUGCAGCCCCCCAGAGCAGCCCAGGAUCACACCAGCCUGGGCACAGCUGCUGUGGGCACAGGAACGGGCACAGGGGGCUCCUGCAGCCCCCCAGAGCAGCCCAGGAUCACACCAGCCUGGGCACAGCUGCUGUGGGCACAGGAACGGGCACAGGGGGCUCCUGCAGCCCCCCAGAGCAGCCCAGCUCCCCUGAGCCUGCAUUGUGCCCCUGGCACAGGGCAGGAGCUUGGCCCAGGUGCCAGAGCCGUGCCAGAGCUGCUGGGUUACAUGAACUACCUCUUGCUUUGCCAGUUCCUUUGGCACCUCUGUGAUUUGCUUAUUUAUCGAAAGAUUUAUGAGACCUGUACAAAGGGGUGGGGUUGGAGGUAUUUGCUGUGUGUUUUGGUACUGUUUGUUCUUAUUUGUGGCUUUUCAGGAUGUAUUUAUUUCAAUACAAUGCAGCAGCCUUGUCUGAAAGGGAGCCUGAGCUCUGCCCAAAGUCCACCCUGCUCAUCCCUGCCAGCCCAGGGACCACGGACACACCUCUGAGGCUGUAAUUGCCAUCCAAGGACUUGCAUCUAGAGAAAAAAAACCAAAACAACAAAAAAGAGGGGCAUAUUUGUAAUUUCUUGUUCUUGGGAACCUGUUUGCUUUGUAGGUCUCGAGCCUGCCCCAAGGAGAGCCGGUGGAAUGUUUUCUGUUGGUCCAGUGGCUGUUGUGUCAGACUUUCCUCUGUAAUAAUGAAGUUCACAGUGUGUUUCAAGCUUUCCUCUCUAUUUUUGAUGUUUUGCAAGGUUCUGGUACAGUAAACAAGAAAGCAGUUUGA